UAUUGAUUUUAUGCUGUAUCAUUAACAACGCGCAUUAUUUGUUAUCUUCUGAAAACAUGUAGAUUUUAGAUCAACAUCCCCAUACAAUGAAUCAUUCACUGUCUUUUACAAUCCCACCGGACACUCACAGCACCAGCCUACACAAUGAAACCUCGAUCUAUUGUGCUUCUCUUGUUAGUUGCUUAUGCAGUAGGGAGCUGUUUCGGAGAGAGGAUUGUUGUUUUGUACCCACUGGGAUCAAAAAGUCACUUUUACGCCGUAAUGCCCAUCAUCGAGAAACUGGUGGAACGUGGGCACAACGUGACCGUCUUUACCCCGUUCAAAGGGAUCACCAAAAACGUCAAGAACGUCAGAUAAGUAAUCCUGGAAUCUUUGGCGAAAAAAAUAGACGAAGUCGAUAUCGACUGGUUUGCCAUGCAAAAGCAAGGGGCAACACAAUUCUUUAAAAUGAUGUUCAGCUCGGUUGAGCUUGCUGCUCUCGCUUGCGAAGAGUUAAUUACGAAUCCAGUAUUCCGCCAAAUUGUAGAAACACGAGAAGUUGAUUUGUUCAUCGUUGACGGAAUCGGCAACGAAUUCACUUAUCCAGUCAUUGACAAAUUGGGCGUUCCUUUUGUAUUGCAUGGUGCUUCUUCCGCUUUUCCAGCCACUCUAGGGGCAUUGGGAGCGCCUAUAGACUACGCCUCGGUUCCAAUCGUGUUUAUGGACUUUGACGAUAAGAUGACUUUCAUUCAGCGGCUAAUCAAUUUCUUAACGGGAGAACUCAUCCAAUUGGUACGAGAUCAUUUUGUUUUUAAAAAGCUGGACGCCAUUCUUCAAAGAGAAUUCCCAGGCGUCAAACCCAUUGUCCAACUCGAAGGGGAAGCUAGUCUCCUCAUCACCAACACCCAUCCAAUCACAAACUGGCCGCGUUCAUUACCUCCGACUAUCAUUCCAAUAGCAGCUCUUCACACAAGACCGGCCAAACAGCUCCCAUCGGUACUGAAAACUUUUGCGGAUGAAGCCAAGGACGGUUUUGUGGUUUUCACGCUCGGUUCGUUUGUUUCCGUCUCGUCUAUGCCAAAAGAGACAGUCGACACCUUUUUCCGAGUCUUUGCCAAACUUCCUCAACGAGUCAUUUGGAAAUGGGAAGCAGAUAUUCCGGAAAAUAUUCCACCUAAUAUUAUGAUGGUCGACUGGCUCCCGCAACAAGAUCUCCUAGGGCAUCCAAAUGCUAAGCUUUUCAUCACUCACGGUGGGCUAUUGGGCACACAGGAGUCUAUUUAUCAUGGCGUUCCUUUGCUUGGUUUGCCGUUCGGGAACGACCAACGAGCGAAUGUAGCCAGAGCAGCGAGAGAUGGUUGGGGUUUGAAACUCGACUGGGACAAAAUUAACGACCAAGAUUUAAUUGACGCAGUGACGCACCUCAUCAACAACCCGAGUGCAAGGGAAAAAGUAAAGAGGUUGUCGCUAUUGAUGCGGGACGAAAUCCUUCCUGGGGGAGAAAUGGCUGUUUAUUGGAUCGAAUACGUUAUACCUCAUGGAGGCACUAUACAUCUUCAAUUGGCUGCAAAAGAUAUGCCAUUCUACCAACGCUAUCUUGUUGACGUUACACUUUUUCUAGUCUUAAUUGCCGCGGUUUUCCUUAUCAUCGCUUACAAAUUGAUUCGUUCACUAUCACGUAACUGUAGGAAAGAAAUAUCGGGAAAAAUCAAAACAAAUUAACUUGAAUUUCUUAUAAAUUGACACGUUUGCUACUGAGUUGGAACACUAAAAACGUUAAAAUUAAAAUAAAUUAAAAUAUUUUCAAAA